GAAUCGAUCGUUACGUCUGGGCAACUGAGGCGAUUACCAAAGAUCUUGACACGAUCUUGAUGAUGUCUUCGUCAAACAGCGACCCGUCGCGCCCCACGGGGGUCUCAAAGAGAGCCCACAGAAAUAACAAGGGCAAAGGCAAGGCAGUGAUCUCUGAGCAGCUAGCCAACACCACUCUGGCAUGCCCAGAACCAUCAUCCGCAGAUGCAGAUCCAGAGGAUCGCGGUCCCAUCUUCUUCUGGCGCGAGACCGAGCCGCCUCACGGCUACAUGUCGCAGUGGUACAAGUACCCCUUCUACUCCCCCUCGGACCCGUCCAAGAUAUUCGUCACGGCGGAACACUGGAUGAUGUACCAGAAGGCGGUGCUCUUCGGCGACAACGACAUCGCGGCACGGAUCCUGGCAGGGCAGAAACUGCACCCAAGAAUAAUCCGGAACAUGGGCCGCAAGAUCAGGGGAUUCGAUGACGAGGUGUGGAAGAGGGAGAGGAUGCGAAUCGUCGAGGAGGGAAACUGGUUGAAAUUCACAAGUCCCGCCAACGACGAUACCCUCAAGUUGAAGGCACAGCUACUGUAUACUUGGGGGAGAGAGCUGGUUGAGGCGAGCCCGUUUGACCGAAUAUGGGGCAUUGGGUUCAAGGCGAAGGAUGCAGAAGUGGCUAGAGAGUCUUGGGGGAGUAACUUACUGGGGAUAGCGCUGAUGCAUACGAGAGAGAGGCUCAAGAAGGAGGCUGAAGGGGGAAAUGCGAAUUUGGUAGCUGGUGCUGGGGAGACACACUCAGAGAACAGCUGCGAUGAUGACUAA